UCUAUACACACACGUCCCCAUCCACAAUGCGACCGUCGGCGUUGUGCCCCUUCUGUGAGGCAGCUGCCUCCAUGGCACGCACCACUAUCCCGAUGCGCUCCACGCGCCACAUGGCUACCUCGCACAAGCCGCGGCCUACACGAAUGGAUCUGUCGCCAAAAGUCGCCCUGCCCGAUGCCAAACCUCCGAGACGCCGUACAAACAGCCCUUUUGGUGGUAUGAAUGUGACGCACGCCGAUUUCCGCCAUGCGCCCCGUCAACGCCCAUCAUCGGCCGAGCAAAAGAGAGCUACGCGGAAUGCCCCCGACAAAUAUAAGCCCAAGGAUGACAAGGACAAAGACCCUUUCAAGGCCUUGAAGAUGCAGCGUGCUUUGAGUCCGCUGUCUUACAGCCAUCGCUCUGCUGUCAAGCAAAGCAUAGCCGACACCGACACCUUCGACCGCUUUGGCUUGCUACCCACCAUACAUCAGUCAAUCUCCGCUCAAGCAUUGAACGGCCUAAAUGACACUUCUCCCACACCAAUUCAGCGACUUGCUAUUCCCGCUCUGCUUGGGACCAGCUCCAAGAAGCUCACAGACGCUCAGUCCAUGCAACAAUUCCUUCUGGCCGCCGAAACAGGAUCUGGCAAGACUUUGGCGUACCUGUUACCAGUCAUUGAUGCCUUGAAGCGCGCAGAGAACGCGCAGGCUGAUCAGGAUGCUCAAGUUGAGAAAGAGGCAGCUGCUCGCAAAAACACAUUUGAGCUUGAAUCUCCACCGCUCUCCAACGAGCCUCAUCCCACUACCGGCCGUCCACGUGCCAUUGUCUUGGUUCCUACCGCAGAGCUAGUGCAGCAAGUCGGCGCCCUGGCCAAGUCCUUAUCCCACACGACCAAGUUCCGUGCUGCUCUUAUCUCAGCCAACUUCACCGGUACCGUUAUUCGCAAUCGCCUGUUUUCGCCCUCAGGCGUCGACCUUCUGAUUUCUACCCCACAUCUGCUUGCGAGCAUCAGUGAAAACGACCCAAACGUCUUGUCGCGAGUCACGCAUCUUGUCAUUGACGAAGCCGAUUCCCUUCUUGACCGCUCCUUCGCUCCUAUAACCGGCAGCAUCCUCGAUCGCGCCACCCCCAGCUUGAAGCAGUUGGUCCUGUGUUCCGCUACUAUUCCCCGUAGUCUUGAUUCAUAUCUCCGCAAGCGCUUCCCGGACAUCCGACGUCUCGCUACUCCCAACCUGCAUGCUGUUCCUCGUCGUGUUCAGCUCAGCGUUGUAGACGUCGAGAAAGAUCCUUACAAGGGCAACAGAGACCUUGCAUGUGCAGACACCGUCUGGAACCUCGGCCGUGAAGCGGGCGAGGACUCGGUGAAGAGAGUUAUCGUUUUCGUCAACGAGCGCGAAAAGUGCUCCGAGUUGUCGUUGUACCUCCAGAGCAAAGGUGUCGAUGCCAUGGCUCUCAGCCGUGACUCCGACGAGCGCAAGCAGGCACAAGUGCUCGCCGAGUUCACUGGUGCCACUGUCGACUCCAAGUCUAGCACGAUCAGUGCACUAGCACAACGUGCUUCGCCUGGCAAAAGGCAACUGAACAACACCAAGGUCCUUGUUAUGACCGACCUUGGUUCGCGUGGUAUCGACACCUUGAUGGUUCGCAACGUCAUCCUGUACGAUGUACCCCACACCAGCAUCGAUUUCAUUCAUCGUCUUGGACGCGUCGGCCGCAUGGGACGACGAGGACGUGGAAUCGUUCUUGUUGGCAAAGGCGAUCGCAGAGAUAUUGUCAAGGAAGUAAGAGAUGGAAUGUUCAAAGGCCAAGCACUUAUCUAGUCUGUCCGUAAACAUCUCUUUGUCAGUGCUGUGUGUCUUCGGGAAUGGAUAAAUCCCCUCUCAUCGAGUAUUUACCACGUUUUGAUUAAAUUAUGAUACCCCUCAAAUAGCAGCAAAUCACGACUCAACACCAAGC